AUGCUCAGUCUCAAGCUACCCCAACUCCUCCGAGUCCACCAGGUCCCCCGGGUGUUCUGGGAAGACGGCAUCAUGUCUGGCUACCGCCGCCCCACCAGCUCGGCCCUGGACUGUGUCCUCAGCUCCUUCCAGAUGACCAACGAGACUGUCAACAUCUGGACUCACUUCCUGCCCACCUGGUUCCCUGAGCUGGAAAGCCCUGGACUCAGUAAGAUCCUCCGUACAGGCGCCUUUGCUUACCCCUUCCUGUUUGACAACCUCCCACUCUUCUAUCGGCUGGGACUGUGCUGGGGUAGGGGCCACAGCUGUGGGCAGGAGGCACUGAGCACCAACCAUGGCUACCACCUCUUGUGCGCACUGCUCACUGGUUUUCUCUUCGCCUCUCACCUGCCUGAGCGGCUGGCACCAGGACGAUUUGACUACAUCGGACACAGCCACCAGCUAUUCCACAUCUGUGCAGUGCUGGGCACCCACUUCCAGCUGGAGGCGGUGCUAGCCGAUAUGGAAUCUCGCAAAGCCUGGCUGGCCACACAGGACCUGCCUCUGGGCCUGGUGGGCAUAGUGGCCACACUAGGCUUGGCAGUGGCCGGGAACCUGCUCAUCAUUGCUGCCUUCACAGCCUCCCUAUUUCGGGCCCCCAGUACAUGCCCCCUGCUGCAGAGUGGCCUGCUGGAGGAGGGUACUAACACCAAACAACAGUGAGGCCCCAUCUCUGAGCCUGCCCUGGAAGGAGGCAAACGCCAGGCCUUGGUGCUGGGGAGGAGCCCAGACCCAGACCUGAAAAGGUGGGGGGCACAUCCGAGCCUGAAACCAGAAGUGACUGAGAGUGCAGAGGAGAAAAGGUAGAGGACAGGAGAGGAGCUGGUGGGGCUGG